AUGGAUUCUUCUGUCUUCAAACACGGCUCCUACAAAUUUGCUGCUGAUUCUUCCUCCGAACCAUUUCAAUAUUCAAUUUCAGAGCAAGUGCUGGGAGAGAUGAAAACAGAGCCGAUAAUGCCAAAAGUAGCUGGCAUGGAUGAUCAGGAAGGACUAGAUGAUCCAACUGCUUUAGCCGACCCAGAUAGUUGCUUUUGCGAAUUUGAAGGGGUGCUGAUACACCACAAAUUAUGUGAUUCUGAAUCAUUAACAUUGGACGACGAUGAAGACCUGCCAGAAGAUGUGGAUAAUACAAUUUCUGAUUACAGAGUUGGUCUCUGUCUUCCCAUAAUUCUUAUGCAUGGUUUUGGAGCUUCUCUCUUCUCAUGGAAUCGAGUCAUGAAGCCUUUGGCCCGUCUCAUGGGUAAUUCGAAAGUUCUCGCCUUUGAUAGACCGGCCUUUGGAUUAACUUCAAGAGUGGAUCCAAGGAAUCAAAAUCAUAAACCUCUGAAUCCGUACUCAACUCUGUUUUCUGUGCUCUCAUCAAUGUUCUUUAUGGAUUCCUUAGCAGCUGACAAAGCCAUUCUGGUGGGGCACUCAGCUGGAUCCUUGGUAGCUGUUGAUACGUAUUUCGAAGCACCUGAGCGAGUUGCUGCUUUGAUUCUUGUUGCUCCGGCGAUUUAUACACUUCUCAUGCCACAACAUUCAGCCAAAGAUGAUCAAAGAGACAGAAAUAAACGAGAUCCGUACUCGCAUUUUACCAACUAUCAGAAUCCAAUCAUUGCGAUCUUCAGUUUGUUGUCAAAGCUGACCAAAUGCAUUGCUCAGGGAAUCAUGUAUUUAAAAGCCAUGGGAGGCAUCCUGAAUCUUCUUUGCAAGAAUACCUUAUGUACGUUCCUCCGAUCAGCCACCGGUCUAAUUCUGGUCAGGUUAAUGAUUGAUAAAUUUGGCAUUGCUAUAGUUCGAAGGGCAUGGUACGAUUCAAAUCAAGUUACUGAUCAUGUGUUGCAAGGCUAUGUGAAGCCACUGAGAGUGAAAGGUUGGGAUAAGGCCCUAGUGGAGUAUAUUGUAGCUCGCAGAUUCUACUUCGUUACUGAAUCCACCACAGCCAAAAAGGUUGAGCUCAAUCUCAUGUCAGGAUUGAGAUAUCAACAAAUUCGUGAGGUUUGUCGGAAUUCUUCUUCCUCAGCUGAAAACUUCCCAAUUGUUCCACUGGUUUUGAAAACUCAGAGCUCUUCUAGUACUUCUCCAGAAUUUUUUUCAGAAGAAAGGUCAUGUCCUCCAGCAAAGAUACCGUUGGGUUGUUUGGUGACGCCAAGAUUUUUUGAAAUUAAAAAUUCAGAUGACGAGGGCUCUUCCAACAAGGUCACCAAAAAGAGGAAGCUGAGAAGAUUGGUGAAGGCGUCUGACGCAAGUGCUAAGGCAAAGAAGAAGAAGACUCCCAUCCCCGAGGAGGUAGAAAAGCGGGUCGAGGACCCAGUCCCGAUUGAGGGGGACCAGGAAGAUCAUCCGCCGAAGGCUACCUCCCCAAUUAUUGAAGAGGUGGAGGCUCCCAUGCCUGAGGACAAAGCACCCGAGGCGAUUCCAGUUCCGGAGCGGCACCCGGAGACCCUUAAAGUUACUCUCGACAAGAAGAGCACCGAGGACACGGAUGGUUCCUCGACAUUCACAGCCGCUGCUGCCGUAUACCAUUUUGGGGAUAACAGAAUCGAGUGCCCCAUCAUCGAGGAGGUCGCCGAGACUUUGACGGAGGAAGAGUCGCUGAAAAUGCUGACUACGGCGAUGGCUAGCAUUCUUAUGCGUGAAAAGACUUUGAAACGGGACAUUCAGAGCUUGCAAGCUGAGAGAGGGGCCCUAGAAAAAGAAAAGCAGUCGAGUGAAGCUUCGAGAAAGAGGGAGGAGGCUUUGAGACUUUCUAAAGAGAAGGAACUGGUCGAUGUUCAGGCUAUGUAUAAGGAGCUUGAAGCUAAACUAUCCGAGUGCAGGGAGACUCAUGUUCCCCGAUCCGAACUACCGGCUUGGAUAAUGCACUUUUGGUCGAGGAUGAUGUCCACGGAUGGGUUGGCAAGCAUUCUUGUGGGUAUUAGCAACGAGGCUAAGAUUCUUGGGGGACAUGGCGUAGCUGUUGCUGCCCUUGAAAGGAUGGAAAGCGGCAAGACCAUCAACGCUGGAUGGCUUCAACAAUUUAUAAAGCCUCAUCCGAAGAAGACACUUCACGAAGCUCUCCGAAAAGGUGUGCAGCGACUUUCCGACGGGCAACUUCCCUUAUUCGGGCCGUUAUGUAACGCCAUCCCAGAGAUGAAAUCCUCGACGGAGAUAUCGUCCUUCGAGGGAGAGGUCCUCGCAUUGCUUCCUGAUGACGCCGGGGAGGAGGUGCGUGUUCCAAAGCUAGCCCCCGAUUUUAUCGGCGUUGAGGUGGAGUGGGAGGAAGAUUCCUCGGAGGGACCUGUCGAGGAUGAUGGGCAAAGCCGUCCCGAUCCAGAGGAAACUCCAGUCCCUCCUCCCGUUGAGGAAGCCAGCGAUGCCCAUCCGACGCAGUCUCAGGGCCCGAAGGAAGACUCGUAUUUCGUUCAUCGUUGUCAUCUAUUGAUUCUCGAGGAAGAGGAAAUUACGCAGUUUCCCUUAUACUCGAUGAUCUCCUCGAUUUUGAGGAAAUUUGGGGACGUUCACAACACAAGCAAGGUGAAGCUGCUCGAGAAGGAACUCUCAGAUGAUGUUAAAGCGCUGAAUCUGCGGACACAUCAUCGCUUGGUACAGCGUUUUAAGCGACAGGAGGAAGAGUGGAAGCGUCGGCUUCAACAGUACGAUUUAGACUUUCAUGCUUCUUUAUCCCUUGAGGCAAACAUUUACGAGGAAAUGGAGAAACUAAAGUCGGAGAACGCCCGAUUGAAGAAGCGUGAGAACAUCGUUGUUUCUCCGUGGUUUCUCGAAAAGCUUGACAUACUUGCUUUGGUCGAGUCGCAGAUAAAGGUUCGGACUGAACGCUUUAUUGCCGCUAUUGACCUUCUGAAGAAAAGAUCCAAGGAAGUGGAGUUCUACUCGAAACAAGCUGCCAUUUUCCAGAAUUUAUUGGUGGACAACGAGAUUUCUCUGCCCAUCCUCGACGACCUUAACCCAGAGGAUGAAGCUCGAGAGCGGGCUGCCGCCAAGGAGUACCUUCUUAGGAUCGACGACCAAGACUGGGAGAUUCUAGAUUUGAAGGACAAGCUUGGGCACUGCGUCCAUAAGCUUAGGACGAUGGGGUGGUCUGGACUUAUUAAGCCUUCUCGUUUUAACCCGAAAGGGAAGAACCUCCGGAUUUAG